AUGCCUUCUCCAACGCUCACGCACCUGCAGACGGCCCUAGCGAAGCUCACACCGCUCGAGCUUAUGGAGAGCGCAUGGGACAAUGUCGGAUUGAUGGCGGAGGCACCGGAACCGCGAGACGGCAAGCUCGCGAAAGGCGAAGCGAGGAAGGUUUACCUUUGCAUCGACUUGACGACCGCCGUGUGCUCUGAAGCCCUUUCCGAUCCCUCGACAACCGCCAUCCUCUCCUACCACCCUCCCAUCUUCCGCGGCCUCAAGUCCUUUACCCUCGCCAACCCGCUCCAAGCCUCCCUCCUCCGCUGCAUCUCGUCAGGCGUCUCUGUCUUCACCAUUCACACCGCUGCCGACAACUGCGUCGGCUCGAACAACGACUUUAUGGCGAGCGGCUUGCUGCAAGCUGCGGGCGUUGAGACGGAUGCGGACGGGAUGGUUAAGCCGGGAGAAGGGAAGGGCUCGAAGGCUCUGAAGGAGGCGUCGUCUCCGCCAGAGGGCCACGAAGGAGCGGGACAUGGACGCUUUGUCGACUUGACGGAAGGUGGAGGACGGAAGUUAAGCAAGGAGGAAGCGGUGCAAGCGGUCAAGAACCGGCUGGGCUUGAAGUACAUCCAAGCCGCCUGGUCCUCGACAGGUCCCACGGAGAUCCAGACGAUCGCGAUUUGCGCGGGAAGCGGCGGCAGCGUCCUCGGCGGCGUCAAGGCGGACCUCUACCUGACUGGCGAGAUGUCGCAUCACGAAAUCCUUGCUGCGAACGCAGCCGGUACUCACGUCUUCUGCUGCAAUCACACUAACACCGAGCGACCAUGGCUGGCCCUCUUUGCGCCACGUCUACAGGCCGCCAUGAACGAAGCGGCGUCGGGCGACGGAGCGAGCGCUUCAAAGUAUGAAGUCGUGCUGAGCCAGGAGGACAAGGAGCCGCUGCAGGUGGUGUAG